AUGUCUGAGAUGCACGUCUUGGGUGAUGGCUUAUUUUUGUUGGGAGAGAAAAUGUACUGCUGUAACAAAGCCAUAAAAGGCUAUGUGAGACGGAAUCUGGAGUAUCUAAAGCAUGAAAAGCCCAAGGAAGGAGUCAAGACUGAGACCAAUGAUCAUAUUAAUUUGAAGGUGGCGGGGCAGGAUGGUUCUGUGACGCAGUUUAAGAUUAAGAGGCAUACACCACUUAGGAAACGAAUGAAAGCCUAUUGUGAGGGACAGUUGGAACUGGAGGAGGAAGAUACAAUUGAUGCGUUCCAGCAGCAGACAGGAGGUGUCUACUAG